ACUUGUUGUGACUUUGUAAGGGUUGUACGAGUACGUUAGCCGGAAAUACUGAAUUGAAAAUUCAACACUGCUUUCUUCUCCAACCAUAUGGCUCAACCAGAAAUCAUCGACCUCACUCUCCCUUCAUCUCAGUCCCCCCACGCAUCAUUUGCUGAUGAAGACGUUCAGAUCAUUCCACAGCCUAAAAAGCGCAAAAGCAGUCGCUCCAAAGAUAACAAAAAAUCCACCAAGAAACUCAGAUCGGAAACUCCCAUAGAUAACUCCAAAUUAUUUAUCGUUGACCUUGAUCCAUCUGAAGCUCUGCGGCCGACGAUAUCUACCAUACCUCAGGAACACGAGUCCAAUGAAGGCAAACUCUUACUGCCAGCUCACGUCUCCGUGCUUGGCUCUGUUCCUGUUGAGAUCAUAGCUCCAGCUUCGGAAGACCAGGAUUAUGUUGAAUAUCUUGAUUACGGUGGACCCGACGAGUUGGGUGUAACACGGUAUUUUCAACUGGAACCAGACAGAACGAAGACUGCAAGUGUAAUUGUCUGCAAACACUGCGGCGUCAAAGGAGACCACAAAACUAGUGCUUGUUCGGUCAUAAUAUGUCUAACUUGCGGCGUUCGCAAUGAGCAUUCUACUUACUCCUGCCCAAUCAGUAAAGUCUGUUUUGCAUGUGGGAUGAAGGGCCAUUUGAGUGCAAGUUGUCCAAAUCGUGGCAAGCUUGCAAAUACUUAUGACGAUUGCGACCGAUGUGGUUCGUCCGCCCAUGCGACAAGCGAAUGCCCCACACAUUGGCGAAUUUACCACUAUGUGAAGGAUGCAGACCGCAUCAGUACAAUGGAAGCUCGCAGAUCAAAAAAGACACGUCCUUUGGGUCAAGGUGGAGAAGGUUAUAUUGCGGAAGAUAGCUGGUGCUAUAAUUGUGGCGAGUGUGGUCAUUGGGGGGAUGAUUGUGAGGUAAUGCGGCAUGUCCACGACAUUCCUGAUGAGAACUCUGCUUUCGGAAUCACCAAUCUCCUCACAGGUCCCUUCUCUGAAAUUGAGACGGGCAACACCGACCGGGCACCUCGGGAAUGGGAGCUCGAUUCAGCGGAAUGGAACGACUGGGGUGGCCGAGUUCCAAUUAAUGUCGGACGACAAGCCAAGAAGAAGGAGAUAGCACGAAUGCGCGCGCACCUGCUAGAUGAUGAGGAUGAGGAUGAUCCCUUCUCACGCCUUGCGAAACCUAUGCGUGAUGGUGCCAAGAAAAACCCGGGGAACGGUCAGAAACCGCCGAGUCAACCGAAGAAGAUGCGAUUCGAAUUGAAGGUGAAAGGUGCAUCCAAUCAAGCAUCUGGACCUCAGGAUCUUUUAAGGAGGAUCAGCUCAGAUGUUGGUUCGAAAGGCUCUGGUCGACCAAAGGACAACGACACAUAUCACCGUCAGCAUGGCAGCGGACGUUCCGACAAAGACAGAGAGAGAAAGAGAAAUCAAUAUCGGGACAGAGAUAGCCCUAGAGAAGACAGGAAUCUGAAGAGAGAACAGGACCGAGGACGGGAAAAGGGAAGAGAGCAAGGCCCCCGCUACAAAGGUGGUUAUUCGAAUGGAUACUAUCGAUGAUAUCCUUACGUUAAUCAACACUCAUUGCUCAUUGAGUAACUAAU